UUGGAGGCAGCCUCUCUCUCUCUCUUUCUCUCUCUCUCUCUCUCUCCCUCUCUCCCCCCCCUCCCUCUCUCUCCCUCUCUGUGUGUUCAGCUCAGGAAAACCUGCAGAUCCCUUCGGGAAACUCAAGGCGCUGAAAUAAACAACACCAUCCCUGAGCCACAAUGGCGACCGCACCGUACAACUACUCCUACAUUUUUAAAUACAUCAUCAUCGGAGACAUGGGGGUAGGAAAGUCAUGUUUGCUUCACCAGUUUACAGAAAAGAAAUUCAUGGCAGACUGCCCCCACACGAUCGGCGUGGAGUUUGGGACGAGGAUAAUCGAGGUGAGCGGGCAGAAGAUCAAGCUGCAGAUCUGGGACACGGCAGGGCAGGAACGUUUCAGGGCCGUCACACGCAGCUACUACAGGGGAGCCGCUGGAGCACUCAUGGUGUACGACAUCACCAGGAGAAGCACAUAUAACCACCUCAGCAGCUGGCUUACUGAUGCUAGGAACCUCACCAACCCUAAUACUGUGAUCAUUCUCAUAGGCAACAAAGCAGACCUGGAGGCCCAGCGAGAUGUGACGUAUGAAGAAGCCAAACAGUUUGCUGAGGAGAAUGGUCUGCUAUUUCUAGAAGCCAGUGCGAAAACAGGUGAAAAUGUGGAGGAUGCUUUCCUGGAAGCGGCAAAAAAGAUCUACCAAAACAUUCAGGAUGGCAGCCUGGACCUGAAUGCAGCUGAAUCAGGGGUCCAACACAAGCCCUCUGCGCCUCAGGGUGGCCGGUUAACCAGCGAACCACAACCUCAGAGGGAAGGAUGCGGCUGCUAAUGACCAACGCCACCCGCCUGCCUGCCUAUCCUACCCAGCACCACCCCAAACCUUCUCCUCAUCCAUUAGUCCUCUUUUAUUAUCCCAUUUGGGCCUCACUCUGCCCUGUCCUGACCUGCAGGGGAGCAUGAGCAGGGGUCGACAAGGGAGGAAACAACGGACAGGCUUGGCUGUUUACCCUCUCCUUCCCUUUCAUCUCUCUCACUCUCACCUGUUUACCACCCCCCCCACCCCCCAUUGGUCUUCUCCCACCCUCUGUCAUGCUCCGACUAUACCCGUCACUGUUCACUAUCCAUGGAUACAUCACAUGGUACAAACCUGUUAAAGGAAAAAGGUCAUUGACUAUGUGAGAGACAGCUGAGAGAACCAAGCAGGUUAUUUUUAUUCAUUUAUUUUAUAGCUCAAUAAUUUACACAUCAGUUUUCUUCAUGAGAUUCUGAGAAUCCAGAGCAUCAUAGGAAGUAGUGCUCGGUUUAUGUCUCUCCCUCGCAUGGUUUAGUUUAAUAUUGUUAUGAGAAUAAGAUUCUCCUGAACUUAAUGAUGACGUUCAGCCCUCAGUGUCAAGGGAUUGAGUUGUUUGUAUAUUCACGUAUGGCAGCCACAGGAGAAUGUUGUGGCAUACAAUAGUUGUGACUGUUCAUUUUAAGGCAUUUGAAGGUGUUUGAGGGACCAAUUGAAAGCAGUGUGAGCUGGUCUUGGUCAAUAAGAAUUCUUAUUUGUGGUCCACACUGUCAAGUAGCCCAGAAGGGCCUGCAGCUCUGAGAGAACAUCCAGUCAGAAUCUCAGAACAAUGCCUCCAAAUGCUGAAGAUGCUGACAACACUGAAUUGUUGCAAAACAGCCACCUCCACACCUGAAUACAGCUUCUCAUCAAGAGGGAGAACAUGAUAGAAAAGGUUAUGGGGAAUAUCUCCAGUAAUGUAAUCGUGUACAUAUGGAUGAAUAGGUGGAUGGGCCAGUGGGGGGGCACACCCGUUGCAUUUGCUAGUUCUUUGGGGUAAUGGGGGAACGGAGUCUUCUCACUCAGAUAAUGACACUUUAACGAAAGACACCUCCCCCCACCCUGCAUUUUACAUGAUUAUAUUUUUUGAAUAUUUGUUUCAUUGCACCAACCCCCCUCCACAUUUCUGCCAUCCCUUCUUUCUUGACCAUAUCAAUUAGAACUCCAUCUGUCCUUACCAGCAUUUUUUUGUUGUUGCCUUAUUGUUAUGAUUGUUAAUAUUAUUACCAUCACUGUUUAAUCUUACUUUGUUGCGCUUGUUCUACAUACUGCAGAUUGGACUUCUUUCUGUCAAAAUAAAACAUACUGUUUUACAAUAUCGCUAUAUUUUACUUUAGCUCUUGGAGAACAGUGUGACAGGAAAAAGUUCUAGUGAACGCUGUGAUAGACGUGCUUGUCUCACAUUCUGGCUGUAAAUGUGACUGGCUGCUGUCAUAUAGGCUUGUAUAAUAACAUCGCAAA